CCAAGCAUCCCCAGGGACCCCCCCCUUCUCUCUUUCUCUCUCUCUCCACAGCGCGCAGGGACGCGUAUAUAAACGCGUAUAAAGCGGAUCCCAGCAGGAGCGUGCGCGCAGCGGAGCAUCCUCAGAUCAGUCCUGCAACUUCCCCCCUGUGCACGCAGCAAGAGCGAGAACAAGAAUAACAGCGCUGCUAAAAAAGAAAAGGGAGAAGAAACCGCACCGACGGCUGCUGUGUAAUUGCCGACUCCUCCAGACAGACUCAGACUGCUCGACGCUCCGGAUACUGCGGAUUUUAUCCUUCCUUUUUUCUCUCUUCCCCCCACCAGCGCGUUGAGGGAUCGCGCACUCGCCUCGUCGGGGUAAAACGGAGCCGAGUUGUUCAUAGAGGAAAUAAAAACCUUGCAUCUGGGCCCGGUGGUCUUCUGCUGUCUGCACUGUCCCCCCCUCCUCGACUGUCACUGCAACCUCGACUUGGAAAAAGAGCAACAGCAUCAGUGAGGAAGUACCGCCCUAUAUCCAGCUGCAGCCAUGGAUGAGAUGGACCUGCCCCAGAUGAAGAAGGAGGUGGAGAGCCUCAAAUACCAGCUGGCCUUCAAGCGAGAGAAAUCUUCAAAAACAGUCACUGAUUUGGUAAAGUGGAUAGAGGACGGCGUUCCAGAGGAUCCCUUCCUGAACCCGGAGCUGAUGAAGAACAACCCCUGGGUGGAGAAAGGAAAAUGCAUCCUCCUCUAGGACAUUCUGUCCAUCCUCCCAGCCCUGAGCAACAACGUCAACACACACUAUAAACGACCCUGAGGCCGACUCCACCCAGCUUGUGACGGCGCUGGGAGGACGGCGCCUACUAACCUCUCACCAUGAAUGUACUACAGCUGAUGUCCCCGACGUUUCCCAGACACACACCGUAACAAGGGCACGGAAACACACACCGACUGACACACACACACGUACGCUUAUCAUUCGACACCUUGACUAUCGCACACUCACUGCAAGUUUAUUUCUGCCACAGCAGUUCACCCUUACUAUAAUAUGACAACAACAAUCACUUCUCUGUGUAAAUAUAUAACUUAUUUAUGGAGCUGCAAGCUUUUUCUUUGUAGACAUUUCCUCCCGUACUGAUGAGGUAUAACAUGUACGUGACAUAAUCACUGCCAGACUGACUGUAGGUGUGCUGGGAAAUACAAAACUCUAAUAUUUCAAAGGUCUGUGACAAAAAAAAGAACAAAUCUAAUUAAACUAUGCAUAAAAGCCCAGGAAGCUUUACAGACCAUUCUAUUUAGGCUAUUGUUUCAGUGUUUCAUGACCCCUGCAAGACACCUUCUUUAUGGUGUAAGACAUCUUAUCCACAUGGCUAAAAUGUCUUCGUAUUCUUUUAUCGUGUACUAUUUAUGGCAUAUAUCUCCAUUUGCAAAUUUGCCGUAAGUCUCAGUCGUCCUGAGAUUUUAACAGCCAAGGGGGACAUGGGACAGGAAGAAUCUGCGACGGCGAAGCUAAGCGCUGCACAUAAUCGAACACAAAACGGCUGACGGUUAGAUUUCAGCCCGUCCCCAAAUCCCUCCUUGGCUAAAGUGAAUUUAGCGUGGCAUGUCAAAAAAAAUGAGUCCACCCAAGAUGCCAGUGACUUACCGCACACAGGGGGGGUUACGUCAUCAGGGUUUUUGCAUUGCUUUUGGUGCUCAAUGCUCUUCCUGGGUUUAGGUUGUGCAUUUGCUGGCAUCAAGGUGCCAAUAUUUUGUACAUAUACAUCAGAUAAAGGAAUGCAAACAGGAAUAGCCAAAUAAGUCAUCUUAUCAUCCUAUCAGUUUGAUGAGACGGAGUCAGCACUUCCCAACAGUCAGUAUUGGCAGUUAGAAGUCCUUAUUGCUCUUAAGAUGUCAACAAACUCAUUGACUUCUCAUAUGUUAAAUUAUUAAAGACAGAGUCAACUGAACGCGUCAAUACAAUUGGCAUGAAGUCGUUUUUUAGUGUUGGUUGGCACCGUUGAAGGUGAGGUGAAACAUCUGGCGUUGUUAAGAGAGAAUAAAGUCAAAUCUGGAUAAUCACACACUUUAUGACACUUCAUGGCAGCGUCGGACCAUCACAGCUUAAGCGUUGUCCCAUCUGAUGUGCAGCCAAUCGCUGCCGUUCAUCACAUUCAGCCAGAAUGUCUUUACGUUUAAGAAAUAACGCGCCUACGCCCGAGAAGCUUCCGGAGCCAAUCUACCCGUCGUCACUCCUGCAGGCACCAAAUGUAGUUUUGUAUCAAAUGUAGUUUCCAAGUGCUUGUAAAGCAUGACAGUUACACUAAGAUUGUGUUUUUUCGUAGCUUUAAGUUCGUGUCAUAGUGGUUUUAUUUGUGUUGCUUAAGCAAAAUGAAAGUCUGAAGUCUCUGGAGCUGCAGCCCUGAGAGACAAAACACCGACACACGUAACCCCCCCCGCCCCCCCCCACACACACACACACACACACACACACACGCAUCGCCUCUCCUGAUGUACAUUAUACCCUUUUAACUUAUUAACUUAUUUAUUUAUUUAUUUAUUUAUUAGCACUUUCCUUCACCUCUAGUUCUGUUUCCUAUGUUUGCAUCUCUACCACGUACCCCAACUCGGGAAAAACAAACAAAAAAAAAAGAAAAGACUUGGCUCACCUUGCCAGAUCAUCAUUUACUAUUGCCUUGUACACAGUUUCCUUAACGUGAGCGUGCGACGGCGUGAACAUCAACACUGACCUCGGUGUCGGCCCGUGAGUGCACGUGCAUGGGAGCACAAUCCUAUCUUUAUGCAUGUGUAUUUAGAAAUAAAUGUGGACAUUCACGUUUGAACUUCCCAACAAAGCUUACAGUGUGCCCUCUGUUGCGACGCGCACGUGCGGCCCCGUCUCUCGCGCGUGCGCCGGAGGCCCAACACGGUUUGCUCAGUAAGAACCUGUACGAGGCGAGGUGUGGCGAGUGCGUGGGAUUCCUCUGAAGGACUUGGGGGCCUCACAUCAUCUCUGUACUGUAAAAGAAAUCUGUUUUUUUCUCUCUUUUUGUUCCUGGUAUUUGAACAAAGUGAUAUUCAAAGUCAGAGUAAGUCAGACAUAAACAGACAUCUGGGUGUUUGGGGUGAGGUUGUUUGAUAAAAUGGGGUGAAAAGCCACUUGAAAAGGAGCGGUGGUCCCUGGUUUGAAGCUGUGUUUGCGGAGGACGCCGGCUGACCGCGGCGUAUCGGACCGGCUUAAGCAGUACUCGAGUUGAGGGGGGAAAUAAAAACGGUCCAAAUCAUCCCCCCUGUAAAACUGCCAUCCCCCCUUUCCAUCCCUUAUGUCAUUUCAUCAAUGAAUGUGGUUUUACUGCUAUUUCAACAUUUAGAGUCAUCACCAGAAAAAUAACACCAGAAAAAUAACUUAUUUGACAAUUUUCACCUGUUUCAAGUAAAUUUUCACUUGAAAUAAGUAGAAAAAUCUGCCAGUGGGACAAGCAAAAAAAUCUUGUUCCACUGGCAGAUUUUUUUUUACUUAUUUCAAGUGAAAAUGUACUUGAAACAGGUGAAAAUUGUUGUUUUUUCCAGUGAUGAGUCUUGUUUUAAGUGUAAUAAGAUUUUUUUUUACUAAAAUGAGACAUUUUAACUAGAAAUAAGACAAAUAUUCUUGUUAAGAUUUUGAGUUUUUGCAGUGAUCCAUUUUACUUAUCCUGUGAAGGACAGAGUCAUAUUGAUAAGUUCAGAAAAGUGUUUUUUAUUGUUGUGUUUUGAUGUAUUUGAUGUAAUCCCAGUGGAUAUUUAAAGCUUACAGAAGGCUGCAUUUAACUGCUGCUAUGUCAUUCCUGCAGUAUUUCUGCAGGUGUUUUGGUCACUGCUAUUAUUUGUAAUAUAUUAUAUUAUUUAUAAUCAGCACAAAUUAUCUGUCCCCAUAUGAUAAAAUCCACCAUCCCCCCCUGAUUUUUGUUUUUACAACUCGAGUACUGGGCUUAAGUAAACCAGCGGAGCCGUGGGGACAGUGAGGAACUCUUUCCUGGGGAAGGAAAGCGUUAAUAUGACUGUUAUUAGCCGCAGCAGCCGCGUGUCCAGUGAUGCCAGCUGUCUCCGGUGAAAUAUGUAAACCAAGGGGUCCGAAGAGAGGAGGAUGUUGGCGCCGACACUCAGAAUAAAUCACAAGUCCUACCCUGCUUUACUCUGACUUUAAUGGUCCCUUCUAAAUCCGAGCAUUACCGUUUUAUUGUCCAUAAAGAGUCGUUGAGUGAAAACGUCUUGGGCAUGUUUUACAUCCAAACUGAAUCCCACUCAUAUAUGCAACAUGACUGUUCAGACACUCGGGCCUUUUCAGACGUCCCGUCAUCCAUUCAGAGCUAGCAAUAUUACUUAACCCCCCCACUUAGUAGAGCUCUUUACAAAUAUUAAUUAUAAAUUGAAUGAACAGUCAAGGUAGUUCGAUGAUUGAUGUAAUAUAUGUAAUAAUCUCUGAAAAAAAGUGGUCGACAAGAAUGUAAUGACAAACUAAAACUGACUAUUUAGUACAUGAGAGGACCCCCAAGUCUCCCUGUCCCUCGUCUGUUUUGCGUCCAGCUACUGUAACUUUAAUUGGUUGUUUUUAUAUAAUCUGAACAUGGGUAUGUACUGUAAGUCUCUUAUUACUACAAUAGUGACUGCAUAAGACCUUGUCUAGAUAUUUAGUCAUGUAUUCCAUGUAAGAAUGCUUUGGGGGGGAAAAGUAUGCAUUAGAUCAACAGUCCUAGUAUAAAGAUGGCAAUGAGCAAUAAAUUAUAGAUUUUUUUUUAAUGGAAUGUUUUGCUAAAACAUUUACCUUACUGAAUAAAGUAGAUUUCUUGACGA